AUGGAUACUCAUGAGACCGUCAGUGUAAAUGAUCCGCGUGUAGCCCACCUAUCGACAGAUGUUAAUGCUAAACUGGAGCUAAUCAUAAAAGACAGCAAUGGUGGUAUUCUUGCAGUUAGACAACCUUCUAAAAGCCGAACAACAACAGCUUCCGAUCCACCGCUAAGUUCAUCAACUUGUGUUACUCAGUCGUCGUCGUCGGUGUUGUCAUCCACAAUGAAAUGGCCGCCCAUGAACUCACGUGCCUUAUGCAAUGACUAUGCUAGUAUCAGCCCGUUUGAAGGGACGAAUAUCAAUGGUCAGUUUAAUGAUGAUAACUCAACUGUGUACAAGAGAGUAAUUGUUAAAUUGACUUGCAUGAAUAAAGGCAUUUCUAGUUUCAAUUUACUAUUUGAACGAUAUUAG